AUGCAGCAAGAGGUGGAUGAUGGAGAGGAGGAGGAGGAAGAGGAGGAGCAGGAGGAGAUGGGUGGAUGGAGACAGGCGGCAAUAAGGAGGAAAGCGCUGAUGAUGAAGCCGGUGGGGAAGACAAUAGCUCCCUCCAGCGUCAUGAAGAAGUUGAUGCUCAACGACACAUCUGAAGAAUCCCUGCUGAGACAACAACAGAAGUUCUUUGAGACCAAGGGAACACCUGCAGCGACUGUUGUACGGAAGAAGCAGGAGGAGCAGAUCGAACCAGCCAAAAAGCUUUCGAAGUUUGCGCAGCAACGGAGGAGCCAGAAAGAAAGGGAAGGAACUGCUGAGCAUGAAAGGAAGCCCUCGGCUCCCUCGGCAUCUCCCAUGGGAGGUGUCAUGGACAUGAAGAUCAUUGAGAAGAACACAAGCAACUUCGUGCCUGCUGCCCCGUCAUUGCGGACGACACCGUAUCCUAUAGCGAGCCAUCGAUCCGUCCAACCUGAGCACCCCGUCGCCGAGAGCUGCACGUCUGAAGUGCAGGAGAGGGCAGCGCAAGCUGACCCGGGGCCCAGCAUGGACUCUCGCAAGUCCGGUAAAAGUGUGAGGUGGAGUCAAGAGGGUGCUGCGGAACCUAGCAAGGGCUUGCCGUCUGCAGCGGAGAUCGAGAGCGAGAGCAGGAAGAUACUGCAAGGCAUGAGUGAGGAGGAGAAGACAUUGAUGCGCAGGGAAAUCGAGGCAAGCGUUGAUCCUGAGCUGUUGGCGAUGAUCCGAAGAAGAGCCGAGAGCAAGAAGCAGUCCAAGAGCGAAGCAGGGAAGGAGGUGGCAGCCGUUGCUCCAGCGCUGCCGAAGUUUGUCAAGGAGGGGAUGGCUGAAGGUUUGUUCUGUAACCUGCCUGAGCCGAGUGAAGAAGACAUUGCAAAGAUGCAGUGGAUGGGGGACUUGGAUGAGGACGAGGAGCACAAGGUUGUGGGAGACUCGAUGGAAGGGGAUGACGAGGUGGAGAGGUCGAAGAGGUUUGCUCAAGAGCUCGCAUCUAAAGACGUCGGCGACCUUCGGUUUGACUUCGAUGGGAACCUGAUGGCCCCGUCUCAGAAGAUCUCAGUGCAGGAGGGGCUGCACCAUCACGGGGACAAGCCAUCUGAGGCGGGAUACACCGUUGCAGAGUUGAUCCGGUUGUGCCGGAGCUCCUUCGCCGGGCAGCGGUCGAUCGCCAUGAAGACGCUGUCGAGCAUCUUCAGGAGGAUAGCGAAGGCAGGAGUGAAAACUUCGCUGCUCCUGCACCAUCUUCUCCAGAACGGUGCGGCAGUUGUGAUUCGAUGUGGGAUGGAUGACAAGAACGUGACGUACCUGCUCGAAUCUCUCCGAGCUGCUGUCCACCUCUGCAUCGCGUCUGUUCUCUCUCUCAAGCAGGAGGAAGAGAACGGCAGCUCGAACGCAAGGGAGGACGAGGAGUAUGGCGUGAGCGGGAGCAGUUGGAUGGGAUGGACUUUCUUGCAGAGCAAGGAUGUGCUUGAAGUGCAAUAUGUCUCCAUCCAGUACCGCGAGAGAGAAAUUUUCUUCACCCAGACCGCCCGUCAAGCUUCUCUGGUGGCGCAGAGCAAUCUUGCUAGCAAAGACAAGAGCACGAGCAAGAGCAAGGCAUCGUUCGGAUCACUGUCUGCAGAUGCGGAGGAAGAGCAGUUGCUAGCAGAACAAUCCAUCGCGCAGGCAGACCCCAUCGUAGGAUUGGUGAACAUGCAGACGUUGCCUAAGAUCGUCGCGCUUAUGCAAACAGCACAGAAUCUGAAUCUUCAGGUUCUCCUUCUACAGCUCCUUGCCCUUUUCAGUCAGCACUCUACCGGCUGCUGUGAGCAAGUCCAUAACACGCCGGGGCUGCUUGAUUUGCUGUAUGCUCACGUCGGCGCUCUCCCCGCCUCCAGCUCCACCAAGAGAGCAGAGGAGGAGAAGCAGCAGAUCCGAGUUGUCCUGCUCUCCUUGCGCAUAGUUAGGCUGCUCUGCCAGUCCUCGAGGACGAUCUGCCUUUCCCUGCUCCAGAGCGGAAUCUUCGAGCUGAUGAAACAGCACUUGUUGCCUUCGGAGACCGCUGGGACUCAGCAUGCUACUGUCCUCCACACAUUCUCUGGCCAGAAAAUCUCUUGGACGGCUGGGAAAUGUGCGAUAGCGGAGGAGGCGCUUUCCUGUUGGACCGUCUGCCUGUCCUACGGCAUCGGGGGAGACUCGUUUGCUGACUUUUCCAUCCUCCUCCAAACCUUCGUUGGGAGCUUUGCGGGGGCAAAGGACUCCAGCUCCUGCUUGGAAUGGCUGAGGGAGGAAGUGCAAGAGCAGGAGGAGGGAAAGGGGAAGAAGCGAAGGUCUUGUCACAGGACGAUGCUCGCAAGCCGCUCUCUGGUCGUGGUGGAGGAAGCAAUCAUUCUCGCGGCCAGCCAGCUGGGCGUCAGUUGGGCACACAUCAUGCCAUGGCUGGAAGUCUGCCAAGAGGUUGGAGGGGUGGUAAUGAACCGCCUUCUCCUCCUCCUUCGACGACCUCCCUCCUCCUCUUCCCCCUCCAGCAGAAACGACAAUACCACCACCAGCAACCUGAAGACUGAACGCAUCCUGAGUGGGGAGAUGAACUCUCUUUUCGUCCUCCUUACGCAAGUCUUCCAUGUUCUGUCAAGUUACUUCUCGUGCCUCGUUCGCGAUGAGAAGAUUUGUGUUGCAGAUGCAGUGGAUGUGGCAGACAAGUCCUUUGUGACUCUGUUGGGAGAUCAAGAGAUGGGAGGGAGCGAACAUGCAGAAUUGUUGUCGGUUGUCUUCGAGCAGAGCUACGGGAACAACAAGUUGGACGAAGAGACAUCGCAUGUAGUUCACAACUUCAUGCAUUCCUGUCUCAGAUUCUUGAACUCGAUCGCUCUCGUCGUUGAGAUUUCCUGCUCCCCUGAUUGCGCAUCGAGCAAGUCGCGAUCACUCGCGCAAGACUUCCUGGUCAAGCAUGCAGCUCGCUUCGGGAGCUCGCAAGGUCCCCUCCCUCUUCCUCGCUUCUCCUCUACCCUAUCUCAAGAGGAGGUUCAGCGAGAUGAGAGGAGCAGGCGACUAGUUCAGCUCCUCCGAGCCUUUCAUUCCCAGCAUGGAGACAGCCUGAAGAGAUGUUUGGAGGAUGCAGACAGUUUGAUAUCAAGAGACUUCAGCCUGUCACAUCGAUCGAAGCUUUUCCUCCUGACAGAGCUCAUGACGUGGUUCUCUUCUCCCUCCUCCUGGUUGGAAGACGACGAUGUACAUGUGGACGGGACGAGUCGACUUGAGUGUGUACGCGAAGGAGCGCGGGUCCUCACUUCUGCCGUCCGCGCAGGAGACGAGAUCUUGCUCCUUCCCGCUCUCGAGGUGAUGGUGGCUGCUGCUGCUGAGGGCAAGGACGCAGACAUGGCAGGGGUAGGGAGGCAGCUCGCCUGUAUGGACUCAAAAGAAAUAGCGCCUUCCCCUCGCAUCCUCUUCGACUUCUACGCUGACUGGCUGCUGAACCUUCUGAGCUCGGAGGGCGAAGGGAUCGUCAUGCUCUCCCGAGCUCUGUGGACUCGCGACAGUCUCCGCGUCCUUAGCCUCGCUCACCCCUGGUGCUCUUCCUUCCUCCCUUUGCAGCCGGACUUCCUCCUCCAACCCCUCCAUGCUGCCCAGAAGCAGAAGAACGAGGCCCAGGACCUCCACCUCCUCACGCCGACCAUGCAGAGAGCCUGUGUGUACACGCUCGGAACGCUCGCUCUUCUUCCUCGUGAGAUCGUCGUUGGCGUAAAGAGAGCAACAAGGAAGCAAAAGGAGACAGAGGGGAGAGGUGCGGAGGAGGAGGAGACGAGUCGGCUCUCCAUGCACGGGAUCAUCUUCUGCGAUGUAAUCUCGGUCUACCUGCUGGGAAAUGCCAUCUACAUGCACCAGCUGACAAGCAGCUUGAUGAGAAGACAGCUGGAGGAUAGCUUGUCGCCCUCCUGGACAUCAACGCUGACGAGCUGCGACAUUGUGGAGAGCUUGCAGCAGAUGCAGCAGCACAAGUCUCGGCAUCACCCGCGAGAGCUUUUCAUCGCACUAGCCCAGCAGUUCGCAGAAGACUCGUACGGAGAUGAGGAGUUUGCACAGGUGCUCCUCCUCUCCCUCCAAGUCAAGUUUCCAUCCGAGUGGCGCGCGCGUGUCCUUGAGAUCUUGUCCCCCUUCCUCCUCAGGAUGCUCCGACCGAAGAGGGAUGGCGUUCCAGGAGGAGUCCGAAGGUAUCUCUUUCCCCGCGAGACUUCUUUCGAGAUUACAGAAGACAACAAUCCCUUCCUCUUCUACUAUUGCCUCCAUCACCUAAGCAUGCAUCUGUUCCGAUGGGGGCAGGAGGAGCGAGAAAGGAAAGGCUCUAUUCGCGACCCUCGCUUUCUCCGCAGGCUCAUCCUUACCUCCUCACCCGGCCUCUACCACAAGGUUCUCAGCUUCCAACUCCCAGCAUGCCGCACAGAAGAGCAGCAGGACGACGAGAACUUCAUAGAGCAUAUUGUCCCGCUCUUGCAAGGGCUCAAGUCCCAGAGCUCCGUCCUCCCCUCCGACUUCAGCUCGUCGUCCCUUGGGAGACAAGUGAUCCAAGUCUGUGCGGAGGAGGAGACGUGCUACUCGAAGCUAGCAGGGGACAGGAGUCCUCUAGCAGAGGAGGUUCAUCGGCAGAUGGAGAGAGCAAGAAUCUGUUAA